AUGAUUUCUUUCAAAGACCGUUGGAGACGAGUCCGGAAAUUCAUCCACCAAAUGACAAUGCCGGCAAAAGCGUUGAGCUAUCAACCACGUCAAGAUCGCGAAUCACGGAAACUGUUAUUCGAUCUGUUGCAAGAGCCUCAAGACUUCGCCCGUCAUUACUAUCGCUACGCGAGCGGCCUGAUCAUGGGUCUCACUUACGACAAGCCAGUUGUGACGGGCAAGGAAGAAUACGUCAAGAUGAUUGUUCAGGUCAACGACACCCUUGAACACACUGCAAAACCAGGAGCAUUCCUUGUGGAUUCUAUUCCUGCAUUGAAAUUCUUGCCAGCAUUUCUGGCACCAUUCAAGCGCCUGGGCCAGGCUGCUCAUGAAUUCGAGUAUGGCCUUUUCAUGAACCUCUUGCGAGAAAUGGAGAAGAAGCUGAACCGUGGAUCACCCGUUGGUGACUGCUUUGCCAAGGAAUUUCUCGACAAGGGGGAGAAAAAGGAUUUGACCGACGAGGAAGGAUCCUAUGCCUGUGGCACCAUGUUCGAGGCUGGCAGCGGCACAACGUCCGGUGCUCUGGAAAUCCUAACCAUGGCCCUCCUUCUAUUCCCCGAAGUUCAAGUCGAGGCACAGAAGGAAUUGGAUGAGGUUUGUGGAGACCGUCUGCCGCAGUUUAAAGAUGAACGGAAUCUUCGGUACAUCAAGGCUGUGUCGAAAGAGGCCCUCAGAUGGCGUCCGAUUGUCACCCAAGGCAUUUUUCACAUGUCCGUAAAGGACGACCAGUACGGCGACUACUUUAUCCCGGCCAACACUGCCAUAGUUGGAAACCACUGGGCAAUUCACAUGGAUCCUGAAAUGUAUCCCGAGCCGGACCGGUUCAAUCCGAGACGCUUCAUGGAUCCGUCAUUCCCAACUGCUCGAGCGACAGACGGAGUGGAGUACGGCGCGAGUCGCGGACACUGGGCCUUUGGUUUCGGGCGCCGAGCUUGUCCAGGCCAGCAUAUAGGCGAAUUCAGCCUAUUCAUCUUGACGGCUCGGCUACUGUGGGCUUUCGAUUUCAAGAAAUCCGUGACUGCGGACGGUCAGAUACAAGAGCCUGAUCCCAUGGCAUUUACGACUGGUUUUAAUUCCAAACCGAAAGACUUCCUGGCAACGAUCGUGCCGAGGAGCGAAGGUCGCGCCGAGGCGGUCAGGGAAGCAUACUUUAGUCACUGGGGAAAGCCACAUAGCAAGGGCGAACUAGUUAGUCGUGGCUGA